CCCGGGUGGAACAACCGUUAGCAUCAGGUGGAGAAAAUGUUGCCAACGAGCAGCAUUAACAACGUCCGGCAACGAUCGAGAGUGAUCGUUUGCUUCACUGGAAUACUUUUGAUCUGUUUCCUCACGAAACAGACGAGCGCACUGCAGGGAUACUAUGGCACAAAAAUCGCUGAUCUUACCGAACUACACCACGGUGUGUCCGGAUCGGUCUAUGCUGUGGACUCGAGAACGCUUUUUCUGAAGAACUUUAACUACGACGGAGAAGGUCCCGCUGCUUACUUCUACGUCGGCAAUACGAGAGCCCCGAGCAAUAAGGGUGCUCAUCGGCUGCGCGAUGAACGUGGCCGGGCCGGUGUACUGCGGCGGUACCGUAACGAGGACAUUACGCUGUCGCUGCCAGAGGGCAAGACACUGCGCGACAUACGCUGGUUCGCCGUGUGGUGUGAUGACUUUUCGGUCAACUUUGGCGAUGUGCAGAUACGGAACGAUCUCGACUUUCCGCGGCCGACGAAGAUUGCCGGGCUGAGCGGUGUGCAUGAUGUGAGUUCGGACAACAUUGUGAUUGUCGAUGCACAAACACUGCUCGUUCCCAACUUUAGCUACGAUGGUGAAGCACCUGACGCGAAGUUUUGGGUAGGACGUGGACCGGCACCAACCUCGCAAGGUAUCCGUAUCCCGGACGAGAAUGGCAAGGAGACUCCGUUGCGCCGUUACGACAAGAAGACGAUCGUGUUGACGCUCCCGGGAGAUUUGACCGUGUUUGACAUCGGUCAUUUUGGGGUGUGGUGUGAGGCGUUCACCGUCGAUUUCGGACACGUGCGCAUCCCGGACCAGAUCAAUGUGCCACCAUCGUUGAAGAUGCUUGGCAUCAGUCCGCAGUCGAAGCUGAACUGUGAAGUCCUGCUAGACGAAUUGGCUUUUGAAGUACGAUGGGCCGUAGCAGGAGAGAGUGUAGUUGUUCAGCUUGUUGCGAAAUUGGACGAUGGAGAGUACAUGUCGUUUGGCGUUUCACCGAACCCGCAGCAGAGCCAGAUGGUUGGUGCCGAUGUAGCGGUUGUCUGGGUGGAUAAGGCAACUGGCAAGGGCUAUGCACAAGACUACUAUCUGGAUGCGAAAUCACAAUGCUCAGGUGGUCGUGGCAGCUGUCCCGAUACACGCAUUACCGAGAACAGUAACUCCAUCCGUUUGCUAAAUGCCGCUAUGGUUAAUGGGUACUCGAUCGUAACGUACCAACGACCACUGCGUGCCUCGGAUCAUCUGGAUCUACCCGUAUUUACCAACGCAUCCCAGGCAAUUAUCUGGGCCGUGGGUCCACUGAAUCAGCGCUACGAGGUGUCGUAUCAUUCGCACUAUCUGAAGGGCAACAAGCUGGUAGACUUCGGACGCCAACCGUUCUGGAACUGUCCAACACCCGAAUCGGACCAGAAGCAACCAGAGCAGCCACAGAAGCUUUCUUCAACGCCCAGUUAUGGCGGUGGUAACCGUCGCGAGGAUGUGGCAAACAGUGUGCAACAGCAGCGACCACAGCUACCGGCAACGGCAAGACCACCAGCGAAACCGGGCGCAUGGGACAUUCCUCCUAUCCAGUGUUACGAACCGGAGGAUGGUGUGUUCUACGCACAGAUGGGACCGACCGGUGGCAAACAAGGAUAUCCAGCAAUUACGGGACACGUCGGAUGGGGUAUUUCGUGGUACAUCAAUGGGUUGCUUAUUCCCGAAAUAAAUGUUGUGCGCGGUAAGACGUACACGUUUGUGGUGGAGGGUGGACAUGAUCCGAACGUUCCGGCCAAAUACCAUCCUUUCUACAUUACUGACGAUUCCGUUGGUGGAUAUGAGCAUCAGUCGGAAGAGGAUCGCAAGAAUAUUCGCAUUUUUGCUGGAGUACAUCGCAGCCGCAGCGGAAAGCUUGUUCCCACCGGUGUUGGACGUCUCUGUAACUGGACACCGAACCCGGAUGGACCACCGUCGGACGACUAUCCAUCGUUCGGUGCGUACCAGCGCAGUCUAUCGCUCAAGUGUGACGUUGGUGAGCCGGGCAUCAUCACCUGGACGCCGGAUGCAGACACUCCCGACACGGUUUACUAUCAAUGCUUCACACAUCGUUAUCUUGGCUGGCGCAUUAAUGUACACGAUGCCUGCGAUGUAGCACAGCCAAGCGAGCUGGAUGAGGUGUAUGCCGAACCGAACGAAGGAAUCUCGGUGGAAGAAUCGAUACGGCAUGAGUCGAAGGUCUUGCCAGCAGAUAACUUUUUACAGCAGCAUGAAAAUUUCCUGCAAAAGCACGAACUGGAUCUCAUCAAGCAUCACAAGAUGACACCCGAUACGAAGAAGGAACAGUCGUUCGAUAUUAACUUGGAGGAAAAUCCCGAGAUGACACGCAUUAUAGAAGAUGGCAUUCGAGCGGCAGAAGAACUGGAAGAGAAGCUACGCGCGAAUCAAACACUUGAAAGUGUAAACCAAACCAUACCACAUCAGCACCAUCCCGGACAUCCAGGUUUCAUUCCAGGGCCACCUGGUGGACAUCGUCAUCCUCAUCCGCCACCCGGUUAUCCUGGUUCAGUGAAGCCAAUCCUAUCUUCGUCUGGAUUACCGGUGUACCUUCGCCCUCCAAACAGUGGUCCAAUGUUCCGUCCGGUGAAGCUGCCCGUUCGCCGUCCGAUCGGUAUGGAACGUCGCCCUGUGCAUGGAAGUCGACCAACCAGGCCCUUUGUCAUUCCGCAGCCAUCGAUGAUCGUGAGCCACUAUCAGAAACCGGUCGCACCGUUGAUGCGUCCGUUUGUGACGAAGGGUAAGAUGCCGAUCAAGGCGAUCGCUCCGAUUCUGCUGUUGGGUGAGCCUACGGAAAUUAAACCAUUCCGUAAAGGGCCGUCAGUGGAGAUGAUGGUAGCGAAACCACCCAAACAGAUUUCUGGCGGUGAGCCGCGUCCCGGUACGUCUCCUGGUGGUCCGCCGUUUGCCUUGCCCGAAAUGCCACCACACUUGACGAUGAGUUUGAAGAAGAAUGAGCCCGUUCCGAUUACGCUUCCGAUCCGCCAUACGAAACCGGUGAAGGAUUCGUUGAAGCCGAACAUCAAACCAAUCUUCAAGACGCCGUACGAUGUUUCAGAACCGAAGGUGUCGUAUGAGGGACAUGCAGCGAAUCACGGAUUCGAACCGAGUUCGGUCGUGGUGGAGAGUGGCUUUAAGCCGAUCUAUCGUCGCAAGGAUGAUUACGAUCUCGAGUUCGAGGAUAACCGUGCUCACGGUUUUUUGCGACGACAGGACGAUGACAUCGACGAAGCGAUCGAGAGUGAUGCACUGAUGAUCCACGGACAGGAUGAACCUUCGAAGCAAACAUUCGAGCCAAUGUUUAUUCCAUCACCCCUGGACAGUAUGGCGAUGGCACAUGUUAAGCCUUCGGCCGGACCUUCCCGUGAGUCUGCAACUAAGCGUAACGUCGAGAUUUUACCGGACGAAACGGCCGAUGUGGUGGGCGAAGGACAAGAUUCGUUAGGAGCGGCGAACGAUCGAGUAGAUCCAUUCUAUCUACCACCGAUCGGUUCCGAUGGAUCUGUUGUUUCGUUCGAUGGUAAAGCCGUGCUGGAUAUGUCGCUAGUGAACGGUCCUUCAGCUGGCUCUCACCAGAGCGAACCACUGCCUCCGGUCGGAGGUCCAGGGUCGAAAACGGAACAAUUGCUGCGUGAAACUCCUCAGUUUGGACCGUUCCGUGGUGAGUAUCCACCGAUAGCGGCUUACCUCGCACCAGACACGGCAGCUAUCUAUGGAACGCGUGGAUCGAAUGCCGUCCAGCCACCGGUGUCCGAGUAUGCGAACCCUCUCCUGCCAGGCGGUAUCAAUGUACAGGAUAGCGCCAGCAGCGAACAUCAAUCAGCAGCGGCAGAUAAACCCAUCUCGACCAAGCUGUCGAUCGUAAAACCCGUUGCGAGCUCGCACGAGGAUCCGAUCCCGUAUGAAGAAACCGAAUCGGACGCAGGUCGAUCACGAAGCAAACGAUCGGCACAUCAUCAUCCAGAUCAUCACGGAGACAGUCACGAUGAUGGUUGGCAACCGAUGGCUGGUGCUGGAAGUAUCAGCACGAGCAGUUGGAGUAGGGUAAUUGUUGGCCUUUUCUUCACGGCGUGGCCUACGAUCGUGCUUCGACGAGCGGUACUGUAAUUGGAUCGUUUACAUUGC